GAAAGCAGGAUUCUGGGUAAAUAAUCAAAGGUGACUUAAAAAUAAAAUGGAGAUGGAAAAAAAAGGGGAGGACUAGAAUUAGAAACGUCAGAAACGUCAUUCACUGGAUGAAAAUGAGUGCAUGAAUUGAAAACAAAUCUAACAGGAUUCACAUGAUGGUGUAAUUGUGACUUCCAUAAAAAUACAUAUAUUUGUGAAAACUUGGAUUGGAUUAUCAAACCAUUAAAAACUAUUUAUUUGUCUUCCACACCUUGUUCAUUGGACUAAAACACAGGUGAUUUUGAUGAGCUGUAUUUUAGCUUUCAGGGUCUGACAGCUGUUCCAUCUGUGUUGGGUGUUUAAUAACCCCCCCCCCCCCCACACACACACACACACACACACACCCGAGGGGUCUGUCUGAGGUCUGGACUCCAUGCUCACCAAUCACAGCUGAAAACAGACACUAAAUCAUGAAUGAUUCAUUGCGUGGGUGGGGGCUUCUGUUGCUGUGAGCCGCCGGUGGGCCGGACACCAAAACUGUGACGAGCGGGCUACGGAGCGGUGCAGAGGCAGGGCUACCAGCAAACACUGGAUGAUGGAGCGACGCCCAUGCUGCACGGCAGAGACAUGAAGAGCAGCGAGGAGCGGUGGUGCUGAGUGUGGGAGUGUGUGGGUGACGGCUGCAGGAACACCAGAAAGAGGAAAACAGGUCGAGGAGUAGAGGCGGGGGAGGAAGAGAGUGGAAGACAGUGCUAAAAAGGUGGAGGCUGCAAGAGGAGGCUGAGGAUCUGCAUCUUUUAAACACUGAUUCCACACCUGCAGUCAUGGACAACAACACCGACGCCACAAAAUCGACUAAUCUACCAUGGCACCAGGAGAUGGCCUCUCUUUCCCAAGUCUCCUUCCAGGUGCAGGAAAUCUACCCGUUCCAUGACGGCUGGAAUGUGGCGUGCUUCGUCAUCCUUCUGCUCUUCAUCCUCACUGUUAUUUCUCUGGUCAUCUUGGCAUUGCUCUACGAUCAAGUGAACUGCCGCUGCUGCGUCAACAGGAUGACCCAACAAGUCAUACUGCGGGAGGAUGAAGAAGAAGAGGAGGAGGAGAAGGAGAAGGAGAAGAAGGAGGAGGUUGAGGUGGUGAUGCAGCCAGAAGACGAGGAGGAGGAGAAGGAAGAGAAGAAGCCUGAAGGCUGCGGCAACAUCCUGACCAGAAUUUGCAAAGAACCAGAAUCUCACAGUGAGAUCGUGUAAAAGCAGCGGAGACAGAGACGGAAGAGCAUGAGUUCCACGGAAGUUAAAUCCUAAGUCUUAUCUCGCAGCUGUACCAAAAUAAGGUAUAAAAAGAAUUGGAUUCAGUCUUCAGUAUCACCGUCCUGUGUAUCCACACCUUCUCUGAAGACAGAAUAACAUCCAUGAAGGAUGAUUACAAUAAUGUUGACAUCUGUUUCACCAAAACGAUGAUCUUGAAAAAAACUACCAGAUGGUUUUCAAAUAUCUGUAUUAUCUGAGUACACAAACAAAUGGAUGCAGAAGUAGGAAACACAGCAGUACAAUGUGAAUUUAAAUUUUUACUGCUUAGAUGCGAGGCUAAUUACUAUUUAGAAAAUGGUAUACAUCUGCAUUCAGUACAAUUUAAGACAGCAGAAGGAAUAAAGAAAUAAAAUGAAAAUGUUUGUUUUAAUUAAUAUAUUUAUAUAUUAUAUCAAUAGUAAAGUCUGUUUCACUUCAGUUGUCCUCAUUGUGCAUCAUUUUUCACACCCAAAGAAAAUAAUAUUUGGGCAGAGAAACCAAUGCUCACACAACUUAAAAUGUUCUACUUAUUUUGCUCUAGCAAAAUAGGGAACAAAGAACUGGAUUCACUGAGGAAUCACAGCCCCUUGUCUCUACCUUCUGUAAAUAGAAAAUACAUUCAUUAAAAAUGUAAAAGUAAAUUAUAUAUUUUUUAUUUUCCCAAAUGGACCAAUUCAACAGCACAGUGACUGAUGUGGUUCAGUUGUUUAUCUUCACACUGUUGCUAAAUGAUUUCAAUGCUUUUUGGUUUUCUGUUCAGUAAACUGUGUGCCUCUGUUGUAAAUGUGUAACACAAUGUGAUGAUGACCUUAGAUGACACUACUUUGCUGCACAGUGUUGUACUUUUCUGCUUUGUUAGAACCACGUACAAGCACAGCUUUAGUGAAAAAACAUGUUUAAAUAAACUUGCCAAAA